AUGACCACUUUUUCCUCGAUUUCCAAGAUUGACUGCGACGAGGAACUACGACUAUCGAUUAGCAAGGAUGAUGCUGGCACCAUCUUUACCACGAGCCGACCUGUGUCCCUCGAUUCGCCGUCUGGAGUCCAGUCAAAAUACAGACUAUAUAAGCAACGUUUUGUCGGUCUCGCGGCAAUUUUCUUUCUGAACGUUGUCGCCGGAAUGGCCUGGCCGUGGUUCGGUCCCAUUUCAAAUCAAACUUCUAUAGAGUAUGGUAUCAGCUUGGACAGUGUCAACUGGCUCAGCAACACCUACGCUAUUGUCUAUGUACCGGCGGCAAUCGUUGUCCCCGUCCUUGUGGCGCGGUAUGGUCUUCGGACAUCGUGCAUCAUUGCUACCAUUUCUCUCUUUGUGUCAGCUUGGGUCCGCUAUGGCUCUACUCCUCGCUCGUUGUCCCCGGAUUCGGCAUACGCCCUCCUUACUAUCGGUCAGGCGAUGGCCGCUUUUGCAGCGUCUGUCUUUCAAGUGAUCGGCCCGAGAUAUUCAGAGACGUGGUUCGACCUCUCAGGACGGACGACCGCUACAAUGGUUGUGGCAAUUGCAAAUCCGAUUGGCAGUGCUCUCGGGCAACUCAUCUCACCGAUUGCAGGGACGACAAGGCAAUCAAUAUUGAUCCUUGGAAUCAUAUGCACGGCCGUUACGCCAGCUGCUCUAGGGAUUGGUAGCGCCCCACCAACACCACCAACUUAUACAGCGUCACAACAAGCCCUCACUCUUACCUCCCUCUUACGUGCUAUAGUGGGCAAAGAGAGGAUUGGUGCGCCGGCAUAUAUGACAGUUCGCGAGAGGGUUGAUUUUGCGAUCCUGAUCAUAGUGUUUGGCGUUCUGGUCGCGGUGACAAACACCUUUUCCAUUCUAAGUGACCAGUACAUGAGCCCAGUUGGUUACUCAUCAGACCUAUCGGGCCUCAUGGGAGCUACGCUCCUCAUUGCCGGCAUAGUAGCAGCCGUAGUCACCGCGCCCCUCUUUGACCGGGUGCUCACCCACCAUCUCAGCACCACAGUCCGCGUCUCGUUGCCCAUCAUGGCCGCCGCCUGGCUCUCGUUAAUCUGGGCAGUUAAACCGCAUAACGCUGGAGCGCUGUUCGCCAUCAUGGCCGUCCUCGGGGCGACGUCUAUCACCAUGUUGCCUGUCGCACUUGAGCUUGGAUGCGAACUCACCAGGAAUGCCGACAGCAGUUCGGCCUUGCUUUGGGCCUCAGGAAAUCUGUUCUCUGUCGUCUUCAUAUUGUCUGAAGGUGCGCUCAGAGCGGGCCCGGACGCCAACCCGCCCUACAACAUGCGGAGAGCUCUCAUAUUCAACGGGGCCUUCGUAUGGGGUGCUAUCGCAUUCGGCAUCCCCUUCAAAGGCCAGCAAACGAGGCGAGCCCUAGAUGAACAAGGAAUCCUCGAGGGGCGACAAGAAACAGAGGCGUGA